GGAGCCCCGUGCGUGCUGAGGACCCCCCCCCCCUUUUCUGCCGGGCGCGUUGCUGCCCCGGACGCCGCCGGUGAGCGGUGCCAUGUGGAGCGGGCGCUGCUGGCUGCUGCUGGCGGCGCUGGGCUGGCUGCUGCCGGCGGGGGCCGGGGCCAGCGGCGAGUACUGCCACGGCUGGCUGGACGCGCAGGGCGCCUGGCGGGACGGGUUCCAGUGCCCCGAGCGCUUUGACGGCGGGGACGCCACCAUCUGCUGCGGCAGCUGCGCCCUGCGCUACUGCUGCUCCAGCGCCGAGGCCAGGCUGGACCAGGGCGUGUGCGACAACGACCGGCAGCAGGGGGCAGACGAGCAAGGCCGGCCGGACAAAGACGGCCAGGAUGGCGCAGCAGUGCCCAUUUAUGUGCCAUUCCUUAUAGUUGGAUCUGUUUUUGUUGCCUUUAUCAUCUUGGGGUCUCUAGUAGCAGCUUGUUGCUGCAGAUGCCUGCGACCCAAGCAAGAGCCACAGCAGAGCCGAGCACCUGGAGGUAAUCGGCUGAUGGAGACUAUUCCCAUGAUUCCAAGUGCCAGUACCUCCCGUGGUUCCUCUUCUCGUCAAUCAAGUACUGCUGCCAGCUCCAGUUCCAGUGCCAAUUCAGGUGCCAGAGCCCCCCCUACUAGGUCACAGACCAACUGCUGUUUGCCAGAAGGGACCAUGAAUAAUGUCUAUGUCAACAUGCCUACUAAUUUCUCAGUACUGAACUGCCAGCAGGCUACCCAGAUUGUGCCACAUCAAGGGCAGUACCUGCACCCACAGUAUGUAGGUUAUGCUGUUCAACAUGACUCUAUGCCUAUGACCCCGGUGCCACCUUUCCUGGAUGGUCUGCAAAGUGGAUACAGGCAGAUUCAGUCUCCCUAUCCCCAUGCCAAUAGUGAACAGAAGAUGUACCCAGCAGUGACUGUGUAACUUAAAAAAAAAUCACAUAUUUUAGCACCUAAGCAGAGGAGAAAUACUUUUGGAAUGAAGCUUGUAGAACCUCAUUUGUAAAUAAUUUUGAAAGACUCAUGCAUGUCAGACAGUGUUUAUAACCCAUUUCUUUACAUUGGAUUCAGUUGCCAAAAACUGUGUAACGAUAUCUUUGAAUUACCAUUUCCAGAUAUGCUUCCAUUCCAGUCCAUGAUUAACAGUGGCAAUGGAUUAUGCUGAAGAUGCAUAUGCAUUUCAGAUAACUGUGUGUGAGAGAUAAAUUCCUGAGCCAUUAAGUGCCCUUCAGGUAUGGCACGGUCAAAGCAUUUGGCUACUUCAUAAAAAGAGUUUUGUUACACUGUACAAGAUCACAGUAUUUAAGAAACCUCUCUUCUCCUCCUCUCUCCCAACUCCUUUAC